AUGCAAAUUUCAGAAGAUAUAGGCGGGAAAAGCCUGCAAAAGCGAUCGAGCGUGAUAAUCCCGCAUCUACAAGAAAUGGAGAAACAAUUCUUCGAGUUGGUUGCCAACGGGAAUGUUUCCGACGUGAGACAAUUUCUCGAGAUCCAUCCGGACUUCAACAUCAAUGUUUCCGACUUCCAAGGUGUCACCGCGCUUCACAUCGCUGUUCACGAGAGGAAUAUGCCGAUGGUGGAGUAUCUGCUGUCCUAUCCCGACAUCGACCCAGGCGACACGCACCUCCACGCGAUCCGGGACAACGAACAGAAGAUCACAGUGAUUAUUCUAAACAAACUGAACGAAUUGACACCGGGCCUCGAGUUCGUCGGGGUGACGCAAAGCACCGAUUUCCCGGACGACACGACCCCUUUGAUGGUGGCUGCGCAGUGCGGACACUUCGAGAUGAUCGAUCUCCUCCGGAGAAGGCAUCAUUCCAUACCGAAACCGCAUCCGCCGUAUUGUAAUUGCGAGGAAGUGUGCAAGUUCGAGCGAGAGAGAUCAGACUUGCUGACGAUUGGAAAGAUGAGGAUGUAUACCUAUAAAGCAGUCAUCAAUCCAGCAUAUAUAUGUCAAACCGUCGAUGACCCGAUUUUAGAGGCUUUUAAUUUAGCGUACGAACUGAAACAAGCAGCCUCCUUCGACAAGGAAUUUUAUCACGAGUACAAACGUCUCUCAGAGACCGUGGCAGAAUUCGCAACCGAUCUCAUCGGAUGCGCCAGAAGCGUGGAGGAGGUGGAGGUGAUUUUGAAACAAUCAACUGGUUUCGCUCAUUCGUCCAAGUUUUUGUAUCCAAGGUUGUUGUUCGCAUUGAGGAUUAAGCAGAGGACCUUUGUCGCUCAUCCUAACGUUCAACAGGUAGUUACCAGCAAUUGGAUCGACGGAUGGUACGAAUGGAAGAUCAUGACAAUGUGGAUGAAAUGUCUAUACGUGAUUUUCCGUAUCUUCCAGCUACCCAUCAUUCUACUGAUAGUUAUGGUCGCCCCUAAUUCGAAAAGAUCGAAAUUCUGGCAGUCACCGGUGAAUAAAUUCAUCUCGUCAAUGGCUAGCUACUUGGUAUUCCUGUUCUUCGUGUUCCUGCAAUCGAACAUGGAUAAAAGCGAACAACUUCGAGGACCUCCUAACACCGCGUACGUAUGGAUUCUGAUAAUCUACAUCGUAUCGUACACUUGGGCAGCAAUUCGUCUAUGCGUGAUACAUGGACCAGGGAGAUUCUUUACAGCCCCUUGGUAUUGGUUCGAGAUAAUAACGAUAUUCCUUUUCAUCAUGACGUUCAUGUAUUGGAUAACAGCCGCUCUGGACGUGAGAAUAAACGGGCAGCUGGAAUUGGAGAGGAAAUAUUGGCACAAAUACGAUCCCACGCUUAUUGCCGAAGGAAUUUUCUGUUUGGCGACGAUAAUGUCUUUCCUGAAACUAUUGCAUAUCUGUCAGUUAGACUAUAAUCUAGGUCCUCUUCAAUUGUCUCUUGGAAAAAUGUUUAAGGAUGUUGGAAAAUUCAUCAUACUCUUCAGUAUUAUCAUUCUAGCCUUCACUUCUGGUACUUGCAGACUGUAUCAAUACUACGACGAGAUGGUACAAACAGACGACGAAUCGAAAAUCAAGACCCAACAGGUCAGUUCGUUCGUUAGUUUCACAGCAGCCCUGAAGACCCUUUUCUGGGCUCUUUUUUGCAUGACCCCCAUUGAGAGUGCUGACGUGAUCAUUGAGAACCUCCCUGGCGAUGCAGAAAACGAGACAAUUAUCAAUCAUCAUACGUUCACAGAAGUCAUAGGCUACUUCUCUUUUGCUAUGUUCACCUUUAUUUCUGUGAUACUGAUUCUAAACAUGCUGAUCGCCUGCAUGUCCAACACCUUGACAAAAGUGACAGAAAAUGUGAUCGUGGAAUGGACAUUUGGCCGAACCGAGGCUUACGUGGAUUAUAUGCUUACGACGACACUUCCGCCUCCGUUCAACGUUAUCCCAACAUACGUCGGUAUACAACCGGUGAUCGAAUACGUGAAAAUAUUGUUGCAUCCUCCGGAGGACAGACGGGCACGAUGGGACAUAAAUCACUGUUGUUUCAUUGAAACUCUUGAGAAGGACUCGAACAACAACUUUGACAUGGUGAUGGCGCAACUGGUACAACGUUAUUUCCGGCGAAAGGAUAAAGUGGAAGCUGAGAACGAAAUAGAAAGAUUGACGAAGGAGAUCGUCGAAUUAAGAAGCCUUCUGAGAGAUGCUCUAACCACUGAUUGAAAAAAAAAAAAUUCCAAUGAGAAAUUCAUUUUAAUACCCUUUCACAAAAGAAUGCCUCGAGGAAGCUGCUCGAGUUGUUUUAAUUAGUUUCAUAAAAGAGAAAUAACAGAGGUCCCUUUUUAAAUCGUGAAUUCAAUUUGGAAGAAGGAAAUAAGAUCAUUCGGAGAGAGCAAAUGAUGCGUCAAAGACACAAAUGGAUGGUCCAAUGUAAUGAGUGUUCUUUAAACAGACGGGAAAUGAAUUUCUUCUGGCUUUAUUAUUCCCUCGGACAGUUUGAAACGUUGCUAAGCUUUAUGGAAAACUAAAAGCGUCUGAUAAUACUUUUUUAUCAUGCUAGAAUCUGAAUCGAAAAAGAAAUUAAAUUGUUGGGAAAUGUUGUUCGAGGAAGCACUUCAAAAAAAAAUUGAAAUUAUUAAAACACUUUAUAUAAUGUAAUUAUUCAACGCGUUAAUAUUACAUUAAUUUUACGCGAUUGCAAGUGAAAUGUUGAAAUUGGAAAAUGAAACAGUCGUUUAAUUACAAUUAUAACACAUCUUCUCACCGCGGUAUUUAACGUAUUAACAGAUGUUUUAAUUAUUCCAUGAAACAUUGUUCCAGCUGAAUUUCAAUUUUGCAUAAUUGUAUCAUAAUUGGGAGGGCAAGAAUAAGG